AUGAAGUACGUUCUGGUUUCUGGAGGUGUCAUCUCUGGUGUGGGCAAGGGCAUUAUUGCCUCCAGCACCGGCCUGCUCCUCAAGACUACGGGUCUUGCGGUCACGAGCAUCAAGAUCGACCCCUACAUUAAUAUCGAUGCGGGGACCAUGGCACCAACCGAGCACGGCGAGGUUUACGUGACGGACGACGGUGGCGAAAUGGACCUCGAUCUCGGUAACUACGAGCGCUACCUUCUGACCACCCUGUCGCGCGACCACAACAUUACGACCGGCAAGAUCUACCAGCAGGUCAUUGAGCGGGAGCGCAUUGGCCAUUACCUUGGCAAGACUGUCCAGGUGGUGCCGCAUGUCACCAACGCUAUUCAAGACUGGAUUGAGCGGGUUGCUAGGAUCCCGGUUGAUGAGUCACGGGCCGAACCUGAUGUGUGCAUUAUCGAGCUCGGUGGUACCGUGGGUGACAUUGAGAGUGCUCCGUUCAUUCACGCCAUCAGCCAGCUGCAACGAAGGGCCGGCAAGGGCAACUUUAUCCAGAUUCAUGUCUCAUAUGUGCCCGUCAUCCCGCCUGGACCCGAUGGCGAGCAAAAGACGAAGCCAACCCAGAGGGCUAUCAGCGAUGUCCGCAGCGCUGGCCUGAACCCUGAUCUGAUUGCCUGUCGCUGUGAGCAGCCGCUGGAGGAUGCUACCAUUCAGAAGAUCGCCAACAUGUCCUCGAUGGAACAAUACCAGGUUGUCGCGGUGCACAACGUGACAACGACCUACCAUGUGCCGCUGCUUCUUGAAAAACAGAAGCUCAUCCACACGAUCAGCAAUCUCCUCGACCUCCCAUCUAUCCCCCGCCCGGCCGACCGGAUUGAACAGGGCAACCGUAUGUGGAAGGAUUGGAUUGACCUCGCCCGGGGUCAAGACUACUUGCAUGACACCGUGUCAAUCGCACUUGUUGGUAAAUAUACAUCGCUGAAAGACGCCUAUAUCAGUGUUUCCAAGGCGCUCGAACACGCCGCCAUGUACUGCCGCAAGAAGAUCGAAGUUAUCUGGGUGGACGCGUCGCAUCUCGAGGAUGAGACUUUUGAAAAUGCGCCGGCCGAGUACCACAAGGCGUGGCAUGCAGUCUGCACGGCCGACGGUGUGCUCGUGCCCGGAGGGUUCGGCACUCGCGGCACGGAGGGAAUGAUGAAGGCGAUUACGUGGGCACGCACGAAGAAGAAGCCCUUCCUGGGUGUGUGUCUGGGUAUGCAACUGGCCACCCUCGAGUACAGCCGCAACGUGGCCGGCAUCGAGGACGCCGGCAGCGAAGAGCUGCACCCGAAGGCGAAGAACCACGCGAUUAUCUACAUGCCCGAGGUCGACAAGGACAAGCUCGGUGGCACAAUGCGGCUGGGCAAGCACCCUUGCAUUUUCCAGGAGGGCACCGAGUGGUCCCGACUCCGCGCGCUGUGUGGACCGACCGCCACGCAGGUCGAGGAGCGACACCGACACCGCUACGAGGUCAACCCCGCCAUGAUCGACACGCUCGAGAAGGCCGGCCUGUCGUUCAUCGGCCGAGACGUCAAGGGCGAGCGCAUGGAGAUCAUUGAGAUCCGUGACCACCCUUGGUUCGUGGGCGUGCAGUUCCACCCCGAGUACCUCAGCCGUGUCCUGAUGCCCAGCAAGGCCUUCCUUGGCUUCUUCGCUGCUUCUGCCGGAUGUUUGGACGAGGUCACGGAGGCUAUGAACCAGGGACAGCGGAGUAUCGUAACACGAAGGUAA